AUGCUUCAUGUCCUCGCAGCUAUCCUCACGACUCUAAUCGGGACGGUUGCCAGCCAAGGGGCAUGUUUCGUUCCCAACGGUACUAACAGACAUGAUUUGACCAACGCCAACAUCCAAAAGUAUGCGUCUUGCGAAAGUUCUGGACACGGUAUGUGUUGCAAUAUCGCAGGAGACAAGUGUCAGGCGGAUGGCCUGUGUUGGAAUGAGGAGCACAAGCAGCUCUGGCGGGAAAGCUGUACAGACCCUACCUGGGAAUCACCCAAAUGUUUGAAAUUGUGUGUCACGGAUGAUUACGAAUCAGACGACGGUAUACCAGGAAGUGGAAUGGAUGUUGUUAUCACCAAAUGUAGCGAUGGUAGCUAUUGCUGCGGCGAGGGCCAGAAUGCCUCAAUCUGCUGCAUGGCUGGGAGAGGAGUGUACAUCGUCGAUGGCAGAAUAAUCACCUCUUCUGCCGCUUCUUCGUCCAGCACGAUUGCCCUCGCAACCUCUCUGGCGACACUUGGAAUCUCAUCCGCGAUCACUUCUGCGAUCACUUCUGCGAUCACCUCUGCGUCUCUUUCUGCCGAUGCAAGCGCAACAUCUCCAAUUUCAUCAUCAAAUCCUCUCGAAUCCACAACAAGCAAAACCAACUCAACUUGGGACAAUCGAAAUGGGAUCAUUGGUGGCGCUGUGGGUGGAGGUGUCGGCCUGGCGAUAGUUGGCAUCGUGGCUGCGUUCUUUUGGUACAAGAAAAAGAGGAGGUACGCAGAAACAGCGAAGUUUGAAGCAAGUCUCGAGAAGCAAACCGCCAAGAAUUGGCCGGCUUCAUCGGCUCAACUCCAGGACCUCCACGAGCUCCCAGUCAAGCCAAACCCGGUCGAGCUGGCAACCGAAUCUCCACCAGCCGAGUUAGAAUCAGAACCACUGUCAAGAAGAUGA